AUGUACGGGUUGUCGGCACUCCCAAUACUCCUGGACGGCCAUGUUGUCUCUCCAGUCCAUGAUAUACCCCUUUUGGCCGAUCGCGAUUCUGGAGGCGUUCUCAACAUGAUCGUCGAGAUCCCUCGGUGGACCAAUGCAAAGAUGGUAGUUACAGAUGAGACCAUGAACCCAAUCGAACAAGAAACCAGAAAGGGCCACCCUCGCUUUGUCCGCAACUGCUUUCCUCACCAUGGCUACAUCUGGAACUGCGGCAUAUUUCCUCAGACAUGGGACAACCUAACUGUGGCUCACUCUGAGAUGCGGAGGUCUAAGGGCGACGGCGGACCUCUCGCCGUCUGCGAGAUUGGCGAACAAGUAGGAUAUAUUGGCCAGGUCAAGCAAGUCAAGGUCCUUGGUGCCAUUUCUCUCCACCUCGCCAAGGGAGUCAUCGACUGGAAAAUCCUUGCCAUCGACAUCAAUGACCCUCUAGCCCCAAGGCUCAAGGACAUCAACGAUGUUGAGAGGCUUCUCCCGGGGCUAGUCAGUGCGACGAAGGAGUGGUUCAGGAUUUACGAACUUCCUGACGGUUAUGCGGAGAAUUCUUUGGCAUUUGGUGGCCAGGCAAGGGGCAGGAAUUAUACGAACGCCACUAUUAGCAGGUGCCACAAGGGCUGGUACCGCCUUAUCAUGGAAGAGGACUCUACAGGCAAUAACGCCCACGGUGUUUACACUCACAACAUCUCUUUCGACGGUUCUUCACGACACACUGCGAAUGACAACAACGAAUAUCUGAAACUUCCACCAACCUCCAAGAUGACUCCAGCUCCCAUGAAGAAGUCUAUAUCCAAGUCUUUUCACAUUAUGGAUGCUCGAAUAUGUGAGGAAUGUUUGUGGUUGACAAGUGGACUUCUUCUCAUCGAUGAAGACAGUUAG